AAUUUGGACUAAGCGCCUAUGUCCAAUCAAAAAAUAUGGACAAUAUGGACAUAGUCCAUAUUUGUUCAUGUCUAAUGGUCCAUAUUGUCCAUGUCCAUAUUUGGCUAACACUGAAUUUUAUUAA